GUGUGGUGGGAAGCUCUGCUUGCUGUCCCCUGGCUGCGGCCGGCCAGGGUUUCCCUGGAGGAGUCUCACUUCAGCGGCUUCGCUAUGGCCGGCCCUGGCCCCAGUGCGGCGCUUGAGUCCCCGCGGCAGCUCCUGGGUCGCGUGCGCUUCCUGGCGGAGGCGGCGCGGAGCCUCCGGGCCGGGCUGCCACUGCCUGCGGCGCUAGCUUUCGUGCCGCGGGAAGUGCUCUACAAGCUGUACAAGGACCCGUCGGGACCCUCGCGCGUGCUGCUGCCCGUGUGGGAAGCAGAGGGCCUGGGGCUGCGUGUGGGAGCCGUGGGCCCUGCCCCGGGCACAGGCUCUGGACCCCUGCGCGCCGCCCGUGACAGUAUCGAGCUCCGGCGCGGCGCCUGUGUGCGCACCACCGGCGAGGAGCUGUGCAAUGGCCACGGGCUCUGGGUGAAGUUGACCAAGGAGCAGCUGGCUGAACACUUGAGUGACUGUAGUCUGGACGAAGGCUGGCUUCUAGUGUGUCGACCAGCAGAGGGCGGAGCCCGCCUUGUACCUAUUGACACUCCCGACCACCUGCAGCGGCAGCAGCAGCUAUUUGGCGUGGACUACCGGCCGGUGCUCAGAUGGGAACAGGUAGUGGACCUGACCUACUCACAUCGCCUGGGGUCCAGGCCUCAGCCAGCAGAGGCAUACACAGAAGCUAUACAAAGGCUACUCUAUGUGCCCCCAACAUGGACAUAUGAGUGCGACGAGGACCUGAUCCACUUCUUAUACGACCACCUGGGCAAAGAAGAUGAGAACCUGGGUAGUGUGAAGCAGUACGUGGAGAGCAUAGAUGUUUCUUCCUAUACGGAGGAGUUCAAUGUGUCCUGCCUGACAGACAGCAAUGCAGAUACCUACUGGGAGAGUGAUGGGUCCCAGUGCCAACACUGGGUACGGCUUACCAUGAAGAAAGGCACAAUUGUCAAGAAGCUGCUACUCACAGUGGAUACCACAGAUGACAACUUCAUGCCCAAACGGGUAGUAAUCUAUGGGGGUGAAGGGGACAACCUGAAGAAGCUGAGUGACGUGAACAUUGACGAGACCCUGAUCGGGGAUGUCUGUGUAUUAGAGGACAUGACCGUCCACCUUCCCAUCAUUGAGAUCCGAAUCGUUGAGUGCCGAGAUGAUGGGAUUGAUGUCCGUCUUCGAGGGGUAAAGAUCAAAUCAUCUAGACAGAGGGAGCUGGGGCUGAAUGCAGACCUGUUCCAGCCGGCCAGUCUGGUUCGAUAUCCACGCCUGGAAGGCACUGACCCAGAAGUACUGUACCGCAGAGCUGUUCUUCUGCAGAGAUUCAUCAAAAUUCUGGACAGUGUCCUGCACCACCUAGUACCUGCAUGGGACCACACCCUGGGCACCUUUAGUGAGAUUAAGCAAGUGAAACAGUUCCUACUGUUGUCACGCCAGCGGCCCAGCCUGGUAGCACAGUGCCUGCGUGAUUCAGAAAGCAGCAAGCCCAGCUUCAUGCCGAGGCUGUACAUCAACCGCCGCCUUGCCAUGGAACACCGUGCCUGCCCUUCUCGGGACCCUGCCUGCAAGAAUGCUGUCUUCACCCAGGUUUAUGAAGGCCUCAAGCCUUCUGACAAGUAUGAGAAACCCUUGGACUACAGGUGGCCCAUGCGCUAUGACCAGUGGUGGGAAUGUAAAUUCAUUGCAGAAGGGAUCAUUGACCAAGGAGGUGGCUUCCGUGACAGCCUGGCAGAUAUGUCAGAAGAGCUGUGCCCCAGCUCAGCUGACACCCCUGUGCCUCUGCCCUUCUUUGUGCGCACAGCGAACCAGGGCAAUGGCACUGGUGAGGCCCGGGACAUGUAUGUGCCAAAUCCCUCUUGCCGAGACUUUGCCAAGUAUGAGUGGAUUGGACAGUUGAUGGGGGCUGCCCUUCGGGGUAAGGAGUUCCUGGUCCUGGCCCUGCCUGGGUUUGUGUGGAAGCAGCUGUCUGGAGAGGAAGUGAGCUGGAGCAAGGACUUCCCAGCUGUGGACUCCGUGCUGGUGAAGCUCCUGGAAGUGAUGGAAGGAGUGGACAAGGAGACUUUUGAGUUCAAGUUUGGGAAGGAGCUGACAUUCACCACCGUCCUGAGUGACCAGCAGGUCGUGGAACUGAUUCCUGGGGGCACGGGCAUCGUGGUGGAAUAUGAGGACCGCUCCCGUUUCAUCCAGCUGGUGCGGAAGGCACGGCUAGAGGAGAGCAAGGAGCAGGUGGCAGCCAUGCAGGCAGGUCUGCUGAAGGUGGUACCACAGGCUGUGCUGGACUUGCUGACCUGGCAAGAGUUGGAAAAGAAGGUGUGUGGGGACCCAGAGGUCACUGUGGAUGCUCUGCGCAAGCUCACUCGGUUUGAGGACUUCGAACCGUCUGACACACGAGUGCAGUACUUUUGGGAGGCUCUGAACAAUUUCACCAAUGAGGACCGGAGCCGUUUCCUGCGCUUUGUCACCGGCCGCAGCCGCCUCCCUGCUCGGAUCUACAUCUACCCGGACAAACUGGGCUAUGAGACCACAGACGCCCUGCCUGAGUCUUCUACCUGCUCCAGCACGCUCUUCCUCCCACACUAUGCCAGUGCCAAGGUAUGCGAGGAGAAGCUCCGCUACGCCGCAUACAACUGUGUGGCCAUCGACACGGACAUGAGCCCCUGGGAGGAGUGAGACCGUGCCCUAAGCGCGUCCUGCUGCCCUCACCCACACCAGCCCGGUUUGGGUCUCAACAGAGAUGACGGGUUCAGAAAUGUCAGCACAGUGGGCCCUGUACCUGAGUAUGGUUUGGUCGCAGUGGGAGGCGAGGCGUGAGUUGACACUGACGCUCCAGUCCCCACAGACCCACGAACCCUACUGUGCUGGGGCUUGCUUCCCUAGGUAUUUAGCCUUGGUGAGAGGGAAUCGCCAGGCCUGAGCUACUUGAAGGGGGCGAUCUAGCUCCCCAACCAAUGGACUAUGUUUUGGUUUCCCCCAUUCCCCGUUUUUUCUAUUCAUGGCUUCAGCCAUGGCUCAAAAUGUUUAAAACCUGGUAGAAUGGUACUUUGAGCAAGGGCAGUGACAGAGUAAGGUCAUCUUCGUUGGUCACGGGUCCCUAAGAAAGAAGCCCCAGUUGAGUACCCAUCCCUUGCAUACUAGCCUCCUUCCUUCCAUAGCAGAGGUGUGUGAGCUUUGUUCUUCCCGAGGCUUGGCACGGACUUCCGCUCAAUACUCCGGCUUUACCAGCAGCCAAACUACUGUCUUCUGGACCAUAUCCAGCCCAACUCCAUCGCUCCUUCACCCCCAAGAGUUCACAGCUGAGGGGCCUUCUGCCCUCUCUGAAAUUUCAGUGGUUGCUGUUUCCACACUCUAAAAUAAGGCCUAGAUGUUAAACUUCCUCUAAGGGCCGUGCACACCCUUCCAUUACCCUCAAGAGCCUCCAUGGCACUCCUGUAGGACGUCUUACAUUGGGGAAAUUGAAUAAAUGGAGAAAUUCGUUUCUUUAGAAUG